AUGGUCACCAGAGUUCAAAUGUUUUCCAACGAGAGUGAAUUCAAAAAUAUGGAGACUAUGGUCAAACUGCUUGGACUGCCAAACUCCUGUGAUCUGGACAAAGGUCUUAGAACAAGAGAGUUCUUCAAACGUGUUGGAGGUGGAUGGGCGCUGAAGACUCUCGAGGAGUUCGAAGACUUUCCCAAUUUUCGUUCGGCUUUGACACAUCUAUACUUUGAAAGAUGUCCUUCAGAGACCGAACUAGUCCCGCAUGAUGCCAUUUUUUUACAGUACUACAUGAAGAACCCUAAAGAGCUGACUGAAUGCUUGGACCUGGCCGAGAGCAUGCUCUAUCUUGAAGAAUCUGACAGAAUCACUGCUGCUGAAAUUAUGGAACAUGACUUUAUCAUGAUUCUGAUGUCCAAAGAGAAGGCUCGUAAAACCUUUGCUGUGAUCCAACAGAAGGACAGGUGA